AUGCGUCUCAUUCCUAUCACUAUCGGUCUUGCAGCAGGCGCAAAUCUGGUGUCUGCUAUGGCUUUCACGGCUCCUGCCCGAUGCUUGACAAUGAAAUACACUGCUGAACAACUAGACGUUGGUCGUUGGCUUGAUCUGUGGUCGAAAACUACCUGCAAACGCUGUCAGUCACCCAAGCUGUCUGAUUAUCACACUUUGCGGGAAAGUCACGUCCUCCCCUCUGUGAAGGAAUGCGCAGACUCUAUGGGGACUCCCCAGCUUUCCUCCAACUACCUGAGCCUCUUUGACAACCUCUUUGACAUGGCCAAAAGCAAAUGCAACGUGAAUGACUCAACCGACUUGUGCGAAGACCCCGAUCAACUGAAGACAGUAGCCAAGUGCGUCCAAGACAACGGCUAG